CCCACAACAGCUCGUUGCAGCCGCUCCCCACACUGACUCGCAUCGCUCUCCAUACAGGGUGCCAGCAUGUCCGACCCCGGACCCCAGGGCGGCGAGAGCUGCAUGAGCCUGUUCCGCUCCUACCUGCGCACCAGGAAAGGGAUCAUCCUCGCCGCGGAGACGGUGCUGUGCUUUGUUAUCGUGGUGUGUUAUGGAGCCUCUAAUGUUGCCGGGUACCUCGCAGUUGCUGUCAUUGAACUCAUAUUCUGCAUCAUAUAUUUUGUUGUCUUUGCAGGCAAAUAUGAUAAACAGCUGACCUUCAUUCACUGGGGAUGGAGUGAUUUCCUGCGUUGUGCCGUUGCAUGUCUACUCUUCCUCAUCACGUCCCUUAUCACGUUGCUCAGUCGUAGCGAUGGAGCUGGCAUAGCAGGAGCGGUUUUCGGACUUUUAGCUGGAAUCCUAUUUGGUUACGAUGGAUACACCACUAUACCGCUCCUGAGAAAAGCCCACACAUCAGUUCCAACAGAAAACCAGGAAGGUGUUUAACCCCCGGUGCUACAGGCAGAAGACUUCCCCUUGCCACUCACAUAAUUAUGCCUUAGCCCUCCCACGCAGCCGCCGGUGAUGAAACAGCAGUGCCUUUCUGCAGAGAUUGUUACAGCACACGUGUGUCGACCAGCCUGCAAGCUGUUGACACACUACAACUCCCAGAAUCCCAUAACUAGGAGUUGCAGUUCCACACAGGCAGGAAUUUCCUAUUGUACGUGUUUGGGUGUUAAAGCAGAAGGGAGCAUGUAUAUAUAUGACAGGGUGCAAGAGGUAACCGGGAGGGAGCGUCAAUGAAAGGUUUUGCGGCUUAAUAAAAUAUCACUAAACUACUUUGUCACCGUUAGCUAGACAUUUACUUGAGCUUUUAUAUUUUAUAUUACAUGUAUCACAAACAAUAAAACGUGUGAAUAAC